CACCAGCGUAUAAAUACACCAGCAAAUCAUAUCCCAUCUCCUCUACUUUUCAUCUGUAUUGCACCAAGGCUCAAGCGUACUUACUUACAUCAUGGAUAUAGAUGAGCAGAAGAUAGACGAAGGCUUAUACUCGCGGCAACUCUACGUUCUAGGGCAUGAAGCCAUGAAGCGCAUGGCCGCAUCCAAUGUUCUCAUCGUUGGUGUGAGAGGUCUUGGUGUGGAGAUUGCUAAGAACACUGUUCUUGCUGGGGUGAAGUCUGUGACUAUCUAUGACCCAGAGCCAGUCACAGUUCAGGACCUUGGGACCCAGUUCUUUCUGCGGGAAGGCGACAUCGGGAAGCCUCGCGCUGCCGUGACAGUUCCUCGGUUGGCUGAGCUGAAUGCUUAUGUCCCGGUCAAGGAUCUCGGUGGGCAUGUGGGCCAGUCUCUCACUCCAGAUGUCAUUCGUGGGUUCCAGGUUGUGGUUCUGACGGACGUGUCCCUUACCAAGCAGCUGGAGAUCAAUGAAUGGACUCAUGUGAAUGGCGUUCAUUUCAUCUCCGCCGAUGUUCGUGGCCUGUUUGGCUCCGUGUUCUGUGACUUUGGCCCCCGAUUCACUUGCAUCGAUCCGACUGGUGCGCAGCCAUUAACCGGCAUGGUUGUGGAGAUCGAGAAAGAAAAGGAUGCUGUAGUGACGUGCUUGGACGAGACGAGACAUGGUCUCGAGGAUGGUGAUUUUGUAACGUUCUCCGAAGUCAAGGGUAUGACAGAGCUCAAUGGGUGUGAGCCGAGAAAGGUAUCCGUCAAAGGGCCAUAUACCUUCACCAUCGGUGACACUACCGGUCUCCAAGACUAUAUCUCGGGUGGUAUAUUUACUCAGGUGAAGAUGCCAAAGAUCAUCGACUUCAAGCCAUUACGAGAGUCGCUGAAGGCCCCGGAAUACCUCAUCACAGAUUUCGCCAAGUUCGAUCGUCCUGCGACCCUUCACAUUGGAUUCCAGGCACUUUCGGCGUUCCGCGACAAACAUGGUCGCCUUCCCAAGCCUAGAAAUGUUACAGAGGCUAACGAGAUCAUUGACUUGUCCAAGGAGAUCCAGAAGAGCAGUGGAUUGGAGGAUGAUCUGGACGAGAAGGUCCUGCAAGAGCUCGCUUUUGAGGCUUGUGGAGAUAUCUCUCCCAUGGUCGCUGUGAUCGGCGGUUACGUCGCUCAAGAGAUCCUGAAGGCGGUCAGCGCCAAGUUCCACCCGACCGUCCAACACCUCUACUUCGACUCUCUCGAGUCACUUCCCGAUGAAAUGCCAACUGAGGUCGAAUGCGCUCCUACGGGCAGUCGGUAUGAUGGCCAGGUUGCAGUCUUCGGCCGUGCUUUCCAGGAGAAGAUUGCAAACUUCAGGGAAUUCUUAGUUGGAAGUGGCGCUAUCGGCUGCGAAAUGUUGAAGAACUGGAGCAUGAUGGGCCUUGCGACCGGUACAGGUGUGAUACAUGUCACGGAUCUAGACACGAUUGAGAAGAGCAACCUCAACCGACAGUUCCUAUUCCGACCCAAGGAUCUUGGCAAUUUCAAGUCCGAAGUUGCCGCCGGAGCUGUGAUUGAAAUGAACCCUGAUCUCAAGGGCAAGAUUGUCAGCCACCAGGAUGCGGUCGGCCCGGACACUGAAAAUAUCUACGACGACGUCUUCUUUGCACAUCUGGAUGGCGUCACCAAUGCCCUCGACAACAUCAAGGCCCGCAUGUAUAUGGACCGUCGCUGCGUCCUCUUCCAGAAGCCGCUCCUGGAAUCAGGCACCCUCGGCACGUUGGGUAAUACCCAAGUCGUUGUUCCCCACAUCACCGAGUCGUACUCGUCGUCCCAAGACCCCCCUGAGAAAUCAACACCUAUGUGCACGGUUAAGAGUUUCCCAAAUGCGAUCGAGCACACGAUCGAGUGGGCGCGUCAGCACUUCGAUGGCCUUUUUGUCAAGCCUAUCCAGAGCGUCAACCAAUACCUCACCGAUCCGAGCUUCAAGGAGACUACCCUUAAGUAUUCCGGUCAGCAGACGGAAACCGUACAACAAAUUCGCGAUUACCUGGUUCGGUACAAGCCUCUCACCUUCGAAGAGUGCAUUCAGUGGGGACGACUGCAGUUCGAAGAGAACUUCAACAAUUCCAUCCAGCAGCUUCUGUUUAGCUUGCCCAAGGAUGCUGUUACAUCAAACGGCACGCCGUUCUGGUCGGGUCCCAAGCGUGCCCCCGAUGCCCUGGUCUUCAACCCGGCUGACUCCUUACACAUGGAGUAUAUCAUGUGUGCGGCGAAUCUCCAUGCUGCAAACUAUGGUCUUCAUGGCUCCACCGAUCCAGAUGUGUUUAAAAAAGUUCUGGAUAACAUGGUCGUCCCGAAGUUCGAGCCGAAGAGCGGCAUCAAGGUACAAAUCAAUGAUGCAGAUGCACCACCAGAGAACCCAGAUGGUGGUGAGGAUAUCUCUGAGCUCUUGGCUUCACUUCCACCUCCAUCGAGCCUGGUGGGCUACCGCCUGCUGCCAGCCGAGUUCGAGAAGGACGACGAUACCAACUUCCACAUCGAUUUCAUCACUGCUGCAUCUAAUCUCCGUGCAACGAACUAUGGCAUUGCCGUCGCUACCCGUCAUCACACGAAGCAGAUUGCUGGCAAGAUCAUUCCUGCUAUUGCUACCACAACUGCUGUGGUGUCAGGGCUCGUGUGCUUGGAGCUUUACAAGUUGAUUGAUGGGAAGAAGAGGCUCGAGGCUUACAAGAAUGGAUUUGUCAACCUCGCCCUCCCGUUCUUCGGCUUUUCUGAACCCAUCCGAGCUGCACGUAACAAAUAUAAUGACAAGGAGUGGACUCUGUGGGAUCGAUUUGAGUUCCGCGGCAACGUGACUUUGCAAGAGAUCGUGAACUAUUUCCAGGACCGGGAGAACCUUGAAGUCAGCAUGGUCUCCUCUGGAGUAUCUAUGCUCUGGUCGCCAUUCACACCGAGGAAGAAGAGCGAGGAGCGUUUGGCCAUGAGGAUGACUGAGCUAGUGGAGAACGUAAGCAGGAAACCGCUGCCACCGCACACGAAGAGCAUGCUGGUGGAAAUGAUGGUGAAUGAUGUAGAGGGGGAGGACGUAGAGAUCCCCUUCGUUGUUGUGUACGUAGACUAGAGAGAGCCCCAGACAGUGCUAAUUUGAGACCUUGUUGUGUGGAAGACACGCUGUAUAACGAUCAUGACAAGGCAGUAAU